AUGGCUGCUAUUGGAUCGCUGGUCUUCUGCACCGAUUGCGGCACCUUGCUUGAGCCGAACACCGGCCGCAAGGCUUACAUCGAAUGCGAUGUCUGUGGCACGCAGAACAAAGGUAAAGUGUUUGCUUCCGGCUGUUAUGUGGAAAUGCGGUAUGGACUGACUCUGGGGCAGAUGCAUCGAACAGAACUAUUGUGACCACUUCGAAGCCUUCAGCAUUCCCUUCAACUCUGCGUACUCGCCUCAGAUCAGACGUCCAGGAAAUUGCGGAAGGCGACAUCCAGACCGACGCCGAGAUUCAGCAGACUUGCGAGAAAUGCGGCAACGAUACCGUCACCUUCUACACGCUUCAGCUCCGUUCCGCAGAUGAAGGCAGCACAGUCUUCUACACUUGUCCAAAGUGCAACCACAAAUGGAACACUAAUAAUUGA